AUGCCACGGUCCCCAAGGAGCACUGGGAACCUGGGCUGCCCACCCGAAGAUGUGGCCCAUGGUGCCAGGCCUAGGAGGGCUGCCCAGCGAGGCCGGAACGCCUGCAGGAUAAUGGAGGACUCCUCCCCAAACCUGAGUGAUGCCUUCCUGUUGCCUGUCCGCAUCAGUGCCCCAGCUGUGGGCCUGACUCAGUGCAUGCUGGGAUGUAUGUCCUGGGUCACCUUCGUGGCCUGCUUCCUGAGAACUCAGGCCCAGCAAGUCCUGUUCAACACCUGCAGGUGCAAGCUGCUCUGCCAGAAGACGGGUGUCCUGGUCCUCUGUGCUUUCGGAUUCUGGAUGUUUUCUAUUCACUUACCAUCAAAAGUGGAGGUUUGGCAGGAUGACAGCAUAAAUAGUCCACUGCAGAGUUUGAGGAUGUACCAGGAGAAGGUGCGACAUCACACUGGAGAAAUCCAAGACCUCCGAGGUAGCAUGAACCUCCUCAUUGCCAAGCUCCAGGAGAUGGAAGCCAUGUCAGAUGAGCAAAAAAUGGCCCAGAAAAUAAUGAAGAUGAUACAAGGAGAUUACAUUGAAAAGGCAGACUUUGCCCUGAAGUCUAUAGGGGCCAGCAUCGACUUUGAGCACACAUCAGCCACGUACAACCACGACAAGGCACGCUCCUACUGGAACUGGAUCCGGCUGUGGAACUAUGCGCAGCCCCCAGACGUGAUCCUUGAGCCCAGCGUGACACCUGGCAACUGCUGGGCCUUCGAGGGUGAUCGAGGCCAGGUGACCAUCCGACUGGCUCAGAAGGUCCACCUGUCCAACAUCACUCUGCAGCACAUCCCCAAGAGCAUCUCGCUGUCGGGCCGCCUGGACACCGCCCCCAAGGACUUUGUCAUCUACGGCAUGGAAAGCUCCCCCAAGGAAGAGGUGUUCCUGGGGGCGUUUCAGUUUCAGCCAGAAAACAUCAUUCAGAUGUUCCCACUCCAGAACCAGCUGGCCCGGGCUUUCAGCGCAGUCAAGGUGAAGAUCUCCAGCAACUGGGGGAACCCGCGCUUCACCUGCCUGUACCGCGUGCGAGUGCACGGCUCUGUGGCCCCCCGAAAAGAGCAGCCUAACUAG